UGAGCUCCUGGCAUCUGCUGCCAUCACUGCACGGGUUGCUCAGUGACAGAGUGACCCCAAAGUCAGGUCCUUCUCUAGGGACACCUGAUGCAUUUGUGGCGUGAGUGAGACAGCAGCCGUUCCCCUCGCUGCCCGGGCUGAGGUCCCGGAGCCCCCCUUUCCCCGGCAGGAGUGCUUUUGACAGACAGACCUCCCUCCUCCCUUCCUGCUCCGCACGCAGCCAUCCUCCACUCAAGGCAAACCUUUCCUUCGGCUCCUCACGUCCCCAGCUCCCUGGGCAGCAGGUGGGUGCCCAGCCCUCCGUGCCGGCCAUCGCCUCCCCGCUCCCCCUUCGCCCUCCCCAGCACCGGAGAGAGCGAGACGGAAAGUGUCGGAGGGGGAGCGCAUAGCAACAGGGUCUGGGAUGAAGCAGGUUCGGCAGCAGCAUCUCCGGAAGUCCCUCACUCAGCCAGUGACACCAGAUCUCCUGGUAAGCCCCAGCAGCCAGGAUGGGGACCUGGGCUCGGAGUGCCCAGAAGACAGAGGGAACUGGACAGGGCGGCUGGAUUUCCUGCUCUCCUGCAUCGGAUACUGCGUGGGCCUUGGAAACGUCUGGAGGUUUCCCUACAGGGCUUACACCAACGGAGGAGGAGCUUUCUUGGUUCCUUACUUCAUCAUGCUGGCCAUCUGUGGGAUCCCCAUCUUCUUCAUGGAGCUGUCACUUGGCCAGUUCUCCAGCUUGGGGCCACUCGCAGUCUGGAAGAUAAGCCCUCUCUUUAAAGGCGUUGGCAUGGGCACGAUCCUCAUCGUCUCCUUGGUGGCCAUUUACUACAAUAUGAUCAUUGCUUACGUUCUCUUCUACCUCUUUGCAUCCCUCACAAGCGACUUGCCCUGGCAGCACUGUGGCAACUGGUGGAACACCGAGCUGUGCCUGGACCACCAUGUCAUCAAGGCGGGGAACAACACCCUCCCCGUCAACAUCAGCAACACUGUCAGCCCCAGCGAGGAGUACUGGAGCCGGUAUGUCCUGCACAUCCAAGGAAGCUCGGGGAUUGGGGAUCCUGGGAGGAUCCGCUGGAACUUGUGUCUGUGCCUGCUCCUUUCUUGGACUAUUGUUUAUCUGUGCAUCCUUAAGGGAGUCAAAUCCUCUGGCAAGGUCGUGUACUUCACUGCCACCUUCCCGUACCUCAUCCUGGUGAUGCUGCUCAUUCGUGGCGUGACCCUGGAGGGGGCCUGGAAGGGGAUCCAGUUUUACCUCACACCCCAGUUUGAUCACUUACUGUCUUCCAAGGUAUGGAUCGAGGCAGCCCUGCAGAUUUUCUACUCCCUUGGGGUGGGCUUUGGGGGCCUCCUCACCUUCGCCUCGUACAACACCUUCCAUCAGAAUAUCUACAGGGACACCUUCAUAGUGACCCUGGGCAAUGCCAUCACCAGCAUCCUGGCAGGAUUUGCCAUCUUCUCCGUUUUGGGAUACAUGUCCCAGGAGCUUGGGGUCCCUGUUAACCAGGUGGCAAAAGCAGGUCCUGGUCUGGCAUUUGUGGUGUACCCCCAGGCCAUGACAAUGCUCCCCCUUUCUCCAUUCUGGUCAUUCCUGUUCUUCUUCAUGCUGUUAACCUUGGGCCUGGACAGCCAGUUUGCAUUCAUGGAGACCAUUGUUACUGCAGUGACAGAUGAAUUCCCCUACUACCUGCGGCCAAAGAAAGCUUCGUUCUCAGCUGUCAUCUGCAUCGCCCUCUUCCUGAUGGGGCUCAUCCUCACCACAGAGGGUGGGAUGUACUGGCUGGUCCUACUGGAUGACUACAGUGCAGGCUUUGGUCUCAUGGUGGUGGUGAUCACCACCUGCCUUGUGGUGACACGUGUCUACGGCAUGAAGAGGUUCUGCCGAGACAUCCACAUGAUGCUGGGAUUCAAACCUGGGCCCUACUUCAGAGCUUGCUGGAUGGUCCUGUCCCCAGCCACAAUGAUGGCUCUGCUGGUGUAUAAUAUUGUCAAGUACCAGCCUUCUGAGUAUGGCAACUACCGCUUCCCCACCUGGGCAGAGGUCUUGGGCAUCCUCAUGGGAGUGCUCUCCUGCCUGAUGAUUCCCAUGGGCAUGCUGGUGGCUGUGCUCCAAGAAGAAGGGACACUGUGGGAGCGAGUCCAGCAAGCCAGCCGGCCAGCCAUGGACUGGGGCCCGUCCCUGGAGGAAAACCGCACCGGCAUGUACGUGGCAAGCCUGGCUGGCAGCCAGUCCCCCAAACCCCUGAUGGUCCACAUGCGGAAAUACGGGGGCAUCACCAGCUACGAGAACACGGCCAUCCAGGUGGACCGGGAGAUGGAGGAGGAGGAGGAUGAGGAGUCCAUGAUCUGAGGGGACCCAGUGUCCCAUAGGCUGGGUGGGAGCUCACCUCCCAUUUUGCACAGGUUGCACUGCAGCACUUCAGGACAGCUUGGGGGGUCUUUCAAGGAGUAGUCAGGAGCUGCUGACCCUGCCAGGUUCCUCAUCACCACCCUGGCCCUGCCCCCCCGAUGUGUUUCUGUUCAGUGUGACAAACUAUGUGAUGUGUUUGUGUGACAGUGUCUGGUUGAAGUGUCAGGGCUGUUCCACUCCCACCCACAGCCCCAGCCCUGCUGUCCCCUCUCAGGAAUGUCCAGGGUGGAGGGAUGUCCAGGCUGCAGGAUGUGGGGAGGAGGAGAAGGAGCGCUUGUGUGUUGAUCUGGUCUCUCUUUGACUGUAUUUGACUCCAAUAACCCAUAAACACAUGUGAGAGAAUCUGUAACAGCCUCCAUGCCCCAAGGACAGCGUCUGCCAUGGAGGUAUUCCAGCAAAACCAGCACAAAGCAGUGUCCUCCUAAAGCAAUUUGACCUAAUAAAUGAGUAGUUAAAAACAA